UUCCCCAGCCGCCGCCGCGCGCUGGCUCCUUCCGGCUCUCCCCCUUCCAUUGCCGCCGCCGCCGCUCCCCUCGGCCGAGUUUGACGGCGGUCGGCGAUUCCUCCUCUCCCCUCCCGCCCCUGGCCCCCCUUUUACCGCCGGGUGCCGGCAUCACCGCCGCGGCCACCCGAACAGCGCAGCGCGUGCCUGGCUGCCUGCUAGGCGUUCACGGUUCACCCCUGCCCCUCAUCUCAGUUUCUCUCCCCGUCUCUCUUCUCUCUUCGUCUUCCUUUCCUGGCGGCGACUACUGGGCGAGCGGCGGCGCUAUUUGGUCUUCGCAGCCGCAGGGCCCUUUGCCGGCGACGAACAACCAUCAGCUGAGCGGCCAUGCGCCAACCAAGGUCCGGGCCAGGGAAGAGGCGGGGCCGCGGGCCGCGGAUCCCCGCGACGACGCUUCGCAAGCAGCAGGCCGCGUUGGCGAAUGUCGACCAGAUCACGGGUGCCAAGAUCCCCAAGAGCUUCGUUUUCUCCCGUGGCAAGCUCCCCUCCACGCUCCGCCACCUCCAACAGGACCUCCGCAAGGUCAUGCUCCCCUACACUGCUCUCAAUCUCAAGGAGAAGAAGCGGAAUAACCUCAAGGACUUCGUCAAUGUUGCCGGUCCGUUGGGAGUGACACAUUUCUUGAUCCUCUCGAACCCCAAGAGCCUGCCACAUUUGCGCUUUUCCAAUUCGCCACAGGGCCCAACCUUCACUUUCCAGAUAGAGGAGUACGCACUCGCGGCAGACAUUGCAAACUCCCAGAAGCGGCCAAGGUGCCCACCAGGGAUAUUCAAGAACUCACCACUGGUCGUGCUGAGCGGGUUUUCAGGUCUUGGCAACCCUUUUGAGAGUUUGGUCGAAUACUUUCAGCAUAUGGUCCCUGCCGUUGACCCAAGCACUGUCAAACUGGCAGAAUGUCAAAGGAUUCUGUUAUUAAAAUAUGAUAAAGAGAAGGAGGUUGUCGAUUUCCGGCAUUACUCCAUCAAGCUCCAGCCUGUUGGGGUCAGUCGCAGGAUUAGAAAGCUCAUGCAGAACAAUCAAGUUCCUGAUCUAAGAGACCUUAAAGAUGUUAGUGAUUAUGUGACAAAAGCUGGAUAUGGAUCUGAAAGUGAAGUAGAUGAUGAAGCAGCAACGGUAAGCCUACCAAGUGAUGUUGACAAAUUAAACCGGGCAUCAAGAAAAAGCGCUGUUAGACUCCAGGAGAUCGGACCACGGAUGACUAUGCGCCUUGUUAAAGUUGAGGCUGGGCUAUGCUCGGGAGAUGUCUUAUACCCUUGGCCUGUGGCAAAGGAAUCUGUGGGAGAGAAAGGGAAAGUAACUGAGGAAGAGAUAGAAGGACAAGAAGAAACUGAGGAUGAGCUGGAGGAUGGGUCAGAGGACGAGAUGGAGGAAUAGCAAUUUCGAUGAGCUCAUCAAAGCACUUAUCACCCAGCAUCUGCCUACAAGGAUAGUCCACAGUGUGAAGCCACCACUCUCCUUCAACACUAAGGAGAACUUGGCUCAUCCCCAGAUGAAAACAAAUGUGGUAUAUGCAGAAGCAGGUGUAGUGACAGUCCUAGAUGUUUCAUGCCGAAUUAAACGGGCUCUGAGUGUUGUAGCAUGAUGCAUUCAUGCCAGUUUUGUGACUCAAGGUGUCUAGGUUUGGCUCACUAGUGUUAAAGUUUAACACCCGUCA